AUGUUUAUAUAUCUUUUUUCAAUAUCUCUUGUCUAUCCGAUGUAUAGCUACACGGAAGACAGUGUUUUUGAUAAAGGCAUAACAGAAGGUAAAGUCGAAAUCAAACAAAUCCUUAAUAAUUACGAUGAAGUCAGCGAAAAUCAGCCUCCUAUCUAUUCAGCACGUGGCAAACAAGUAUUGGGCUUCGUUACACCAUGGAAUAAAGAUGGUUAUCGUCUUGCCGAGGAGUUCGGCCAAAAAUUCACAAUUAUUGUACCUACUUGGUUCUUUGCUGAGAUCGAUGACAAGAAAUUGGUUAUCAAAGGUACAGAUGCUGUCGAAACAAACUGGUUAAAAUCAAUGAAACAAAAGCAUCCAAAAACCUUAAUCGCUCCACGCUUAAUUUUCCAGAUUCAGCCACAAAUUUUCUACCAAGCCAACAAGCAAAUCUUCCAGGAGUUCAGACAGCAAAUGGCUACCAUUAUUGAGUCAUAUAAUUUGGAUGCAAUCUUUUUAGAAGUUCCUCAGUACGUAAUGCAUCCACAAACAUGCCAAUUUGUUCCAGCUCUUAUCAAAGAAAUCAGAGUUGCUUUUGGACGCAAGAAAGGCAAAGUUUUCUGUGAAAUGCCAGUAAUUUUCAGAGGAUACACAGAUUUAGUUCAAAAACACUUAAAACGUAUCUCCGACCAAGCAGAUUUAGUUUACAUGUCAGCAUACGAAAUCCCAGGCACCACAGCGAUUUGUCCAAAGAAUGCGAUCACAGAGAUCAUUGAUUGGCUCAAGACAGUUGGAAUUCCACGUAAGAAAUUCAUGGUUGGCCUUCCUUUCUUCGGAAUGGACUUCGGAGGCUCAAAUAAUGCACCAACUUACGUUGAAGGAAUGAAAUUCAUCCAAACACUCAAUGAAUCAAAGGUUUCGCCAAAAUAUCUCCAGGUUUAUGAUGAAACAGCAUAUUUCUACAGCAGAUCUAAGUCUUCUCAUCAAAUGUUCUAUCCAUCACUUCAAGAUCUCGACGUCAGAAUGAAAUUGAUUGAUAAAGAGAAUAUUGCUGGCUUUGGAAUUUGGGAACUCGCUCAGGGAUUACCUUAUUUCUUUGAUCUCCUCUAA